AUGUCUGCCCGCCCUACAUUCUGGUUGCGCUGCGAAAAGAAGGAGUUUGAGCGCCGUGCGGCUUUGACUCCGACAACGGCCAAGAAGCUCAUCGACGCUGGAUUUGAUAUCACAAGAGCUCCCAGUCUCGACCGACCCGCUCCCUCAUACUCAUAUCAGUUUGCGCACUGCUACAAGCGCCAAGGGGGCUGGGCGGACGUUCUCGCUCGGUUCUACCAUGGCGGAGGGACACUGUACGAUCUCGAGUUUCUCACUGACGCGUCUGGACGACGAGUAGCUGCCUUUGGAUACCAUGCUGGAUUCGCGGGUGCUGCCGGCUGUCUAGCGUACGCUGCUCAGUCCGAGGGAGGAACGCUUGGCGAACUUAUGGUAGAAGCUGUCAAGAGCGUUCUUGGAGGGCGCAAGGUCCGGGCCUUGGUUAUCGGUGCGCUUGGACGAUGUGGGCGUGGUGCUGUGGAUUUGUUCCGCAAGGUCGGAUUGGACGAGGACGAUAUUCUCAAGUGGGAUAUGGAAGAGACCGCCAAGGGUGGUCCAUUCCAGGAAAUCCUCGAUGUGGACAUUUUUGUCAACUGCAUCUACCUCUCGAGCAAGAUCCCGUCCUUCCUUACACAUGAGCAGAUCAACGCAGCAGGCAAAGACAGGAGAUUGAGUGUCGUCGUCGACGUUAGCUGCGAUACUACCAACCCGAACAACCCGAUUCCAAUUUACAGCAUUAAUACCACGUUUGACAAGCCCACUGUGCCGGUCCAAGUAGCGGCCGGUAACCCGCCGAUGACGGUUAUUUCGAUUGACCAUCUGCCGACGCUCUUACCUCGCGAGGCCUCGGAGCAGUUCAGCUCGGAUCUGUUACCCUCGCUGUUGGAGUUUCCAAAGAGGAGCGAGGCGCGGGUGUGGACCGAGGCCGAGGCGUUGUUCAAGACCAAGCUUGCAGAGGCCGAGGCAGCUAAAUUUGAAGUAAAAUUGUAUUUACGCAUGCGAGCACGCAAGUGA